AUGGAACGGAAACCAGCUGCUUUUAUCACCGGAGGCGCGAGUGGACUGGGGAGAGCUGUGGCAACUCAUCUCUCUCGUGAGGGUGUUAAUGUCUUUAUAGCGGAUCGCGAUGGCAUGGGUGCAGAUACAACGGCAAGAGAGUGCGGCGGUAUAUAUGCUGUCGUGGACGUCACUGUGUGGGAGUCACAAGUGGCCGCAUUCCAGCGAGCAGUUGACCUAUUCGGCCGCAUCGACUACGUUUUCCCAUUCGCAGGGAUUGGAGAGAAUGAUUGGUCUCCUUCCAAAGACGACUCGGGCGAACCGCAGGAUUUCAAGAAACCAAACCUUAGUGUUGUGGACAUCAACCUCACCGGUGUCUUAUAUACCGUCUCGAUCGCCGUGCAACAUUUUCGCCGUCAGCAGCUAGACUGCAACGGAUUUCGCGGCAAAGGUGAAGGUUUUGCCUUUGCCCCGAUAGUCAUUAUUGCUGGAUCCUUUUGUGGCAUUUACUGCUGUCCGAGCCUUCCCAUUUACACCGCCUCCAAACACGCGAUCACGGGUCUGGUCAGAUCUUGGGGCAAACACUUAAGCAAGGAAGGUAUCACGAUUAACUCCGUCAACCCGAACGUGAUAAGAACAAAUUUUACUACCAGCCACUUCUACGACACCCUGAGUGAAGAAGAUCUGUUGACUCCCAUAGAAGGAGUAGUGGAGGCUUGUAUUCGGCUACUUGGUAAAAAUGGGGAGAGUGGGAUUUGUUUCGAAAUCGGCCCCAACUAUCAUAACGGCCAGGGGCUAUAUCAGCCUCAAUUUCCACGUAUUUUGGAUGAGAAACAACAAAGGGUGUAUGACAAGCUGGAGGCGCGCGGCACAGUGCGUUGA